UGCUCUAUGCAGAAAUUAAAAAUUAAAUCAAAAGGAAAAAAUACAUAAAAAAAAGAAAAAAGAACCCCGAGAUUGUUCUGUUUCUCUCUCACGCAAUAUAGGUCUGCACCGAUCACGCUACAAAAUUAUAGUAUUUGCUUCAACAAAAUGUCUCGAUUAAUUCAGUAUUCGAAGCUCUCGCUUCCCAGAUUUUCUAUAGCUGCAUCAACAAAUGGACGAUUUUUCUCUACCGGUCCUGAUAAACCUACUAGCCCUAAUGGUUAUGUUAAAACUGAUAAAAUUGAGGAAGCGGAGACAGUCGAGGUCCCCCCUCCUCCAACAGAGAAGUUGCUUGUGCUUGGGGGAAAUGGAUUUGUUGGUUCUCAUGUCUGCAAGGAAGCUUUGAAUCGUGGUUUGACCGUUGCUAGCCUCAGCAGAUCGGGCAGGCCCUCGAUACAAGAAUCCUGGGCUAACAGUGUGAUGUGGCAUCAAGGUAACCUUUUCUUGACUGAGUCGUGGAAGGAUGCGCUGAAGGGAGUUACAUCAAUUAUUUCUUGUGUUGGUGGAUUCGGUUCCAAUUCACAGAUGUACAAAUCCAAUGGAACUGCAAAUAUUAAUGCUAUUAGAGCUGCUUCAGAAGCAGGCGUCAAGAGGUUUGUAUACAUCUCCGCUGCUGAUUUUGGUCUUGUAAAUUAUCUUCUCCAGGGAUAUUAUGAGGGAAAGCGAGCCGCUGAGACAGAGCUACUCACCAGGUAUCCAUAUGGAGGAGUGAUAUUGAGGCCUGGAUUUAUUCAUGGAACUCGUCGUGUUGGGAGCAUGAAGUUACCACUUAGUGUCGUUGGUUCCCCUUUGGAGAUGGCACUCCAGUAUACUAAAUCUCUCAACCAGAUUCCCCUUGUUGGUCCUCUACUAACCCCUCCGGUUAAUGUCAACGCUGUGGCUAAGGUUGCCGUGAGAGCCGCAACUGAUCCCGUUUUCCCACCGGGUAUCAUUGAUGUGUGGGGGAUCUUACGAUACAGCCAGCAGCAGCACAGAUGAAACAUUUCUUUAUUUCUCCAGAGUCUGCUUAUUUUGAGGCCUCAAUAAUAGAUUACUCCUAGUUUAUUAUAAGUGAGAUGAUGGUAUGCUAAGACUCAUUUUCAUAAAGAAAUGUAUCAUUUCUCCACAGAUAUUAAAUUUUAUUGGAUUCCCUGUUACAGGCUAAA